AUGAAGCUCACUACGAUUCAGGCCGCCGUUGGCUCGGCCAUUGUGUUGCUGUCCGCUCAGCCGGCCAUCGCCCACGACUCUUCCCAUCGCCAUCUUCACAAGGCGCGGCCCGCCGUUAGCCCUGCUGAAAACGUCGAGCAGCUUGUUGAGAGGGAAGUCAUCAAGAGGACCUCCGACGGCAAGGCCAUCUGCAGCCUUCCCAGCGACUCUAGCUUGGUCAAGGUUCCCGGCGCUCAGAACAAUGGCUUUGCCAUGAGUCCCGACCAAGUCUGCACCGAAGGAUCCUACUGCCCUAUCGCUUGCAAGCCUGGCAUGGUCAUGGCACAAUGGGACCCGAAGUCGUCCUACACUUACCCUUCCUCCAUGAACGGCGGUCUUUACUGCGGUUCCGAUGGAAAGGCCACCAAGCCGAUCAAGGACGCUCCUUACUGCGUUGAAGGUGCCGGCAGUGUUGAGGUCUACAACAAGUGCGGCAAGACCUUGUCCUUCUGCCAGACCGUCCUGCCUGGUAACGAGGCCAUGCUUAUCCCCAGCGUCAUUGACAAGUCUAUCACUCUGGCUGUUCCCGACCCCAGCUACUGGUGCAGUACCGCUGCUCACUACUACAUCAACCCUCCCGGUGUCACCGAUGAGGGCUGCAUUUGGGGUGAUGAGUCCAAGGCAGUUGGUAACUGGGCUGCUUACGUUGCCGGUGCCAACAUGGACAGCCAGGGCCGUACUUUCGUUACUCUCGGCUACAACCCCAUCUGGGAGGGCUCCUCGUUGAAGAACACGAAGCCUACCUACGGCGUCAAGAUUGAGUGCCCCGAUGGUGGCUGCAACGGCGUUCCCUGCGCCAUUGAUCCCUCUUCCAACGCCAUUGGCACGGUUACCAGCAACCAGGUCGGCACCGGCGCUGGCAAUGCCAACUACUGCGUUGCCACCGUUCCCAAGGGCCAGAAGGCUCGCAUCAUUGUAUUCCCCCUUGAUGGUUCUGGCGGCGAUGACUCCUCCUCCGACGACAAGAAGGAUGACAAGAAGGACGACAAGGUCGAGAUCAAGGUCGCCAAGUCCACGCCCUCGCCGACUCCCACUCCUACCCCCACUCCUACUCCGACCCCGACCCCGACACCGACGCCGUCUUCUUCUGCUGCCCCGACUUCGAGCAGCUCUAGCGCCAAGAAGUCCAGCUCUGCGUCGUCUGCCUCGGCAACCCCGACUCCCACUGUUAUCCCUGGUAUGUUCCACGAGAACGACACGGACACGACCACUACGUCUUCCAAAGACACCAAGAUGACCACCCUUGAGCCCACCGCCGCUUCCACGACUGAAGAGGCGGCCCCCGCGACCACCUCCAAGGAGAACGAAGGCGUCAGACAAGGUGGUGGGGCCAUCGCCGGCCUCAUCAUUGCGUUCGUCGCAGCCACUUUCCUGUACUGA